ACCGUUACAAGCCUUUUUCGAGACCAGUCCGGCGGUGACGCUCGGCCGCGAACCUUGAUCCAAAGUGUGGAAAAUCGAAGAAUCGGACGAAACGAGCUCUCGUCUGGACCGGUUCGAUCCUCCAGUUGCUCUUCGACGACGCUCUGACGCGGAUUCACGAACUUUUUCAACGAAUAAAACACGAUAGCCUGAAAUCAGUGAAACAUCUCUGACGUUCACGAAGCACUUUUGCAAUAUUUUUCGAGUAUUUUUCAAGCAUUACCGAAGUACUUUUGGAGUUUGGCGGAUUUGGCAGAGGUUUCAGAGUGGAGAUCUCUUCCGCAGUUUGGAAAUUUAAGGAGGCGAUAUGAAGACUAUUGGCUGCUUUUUGGUGGUUCUACUGGCUCGACAGGCUAUUUGCGGAAUCCUUAGGAAUCCACCAGCCUUCUCGAAGCCGGAUUACUCGGAUUCCUAUCUUCCGGCAGCCAUGCAGGUGAUAUUUUACGCCGUCGAACAACUGAAACUUCUUCAAUCAGAAGAGGCUAUGCAGAGUUCCACCUUGGCAGAAAGCCCCUCCACUUCACCCAUUAGCUUCACAGCUGAAGAUCAACAGACCGCUUCUCAAGAUCCUUCGACCAUAUGCAGUAUCGCAGUAUCCCAAUCCUUGGACGAGUCAAAGGGGGAGGAGGACGAAUCCAAAUCGGAUAACUCGUCGAACGACAAAACGGGAGUGUCGGUGAUUAAGGAAACUUCGAAAAAUAAAACCGAAGAUUCGGCAGUCGAGGUAGAACAAACAACGAACGACAAGAUGGAAGAGCCAAGUGCAGAAAAGACACAGGAAGGCGAAACGGGCGAAUCAAACGCGCAAGAAACGGAAAAAGACAAAGUGGAGGAGUCGAAGGUCGAAGAAGUGUUCGACGAUAAGACGGAAGAAUCCCAAACCCAAGAAACGUCGACCGACGAAAUGGACGAAUCGAAGACGCAGGAGGCGUCAAAGGACAGAACAGGUGACUCCAAGGUGGAGGAAUCGUCGAAGGACAGCGCGGAGACUUUGGUGGCGCUAGAGACGUCAAAGCCAGGUGAAAUUGACCAGCAAUCGAUGGAGGAUCCCUCGACGCAGCCAGAGUCGCCAGAGGUGAACGAGGAAACGCCAGAAACCAACUACGCGACGCCGGAGACGAAUUACGAGGAACCGGAACAUGUGCACGCCGUGCAAGAAACGAAUCAAGAAGUCCCCGAGGAGAAUCACGAAUGGAUCUCCUGGUCUCCUACGAGCACGGAAACGAAGCUGGAAACGACGACCGCGUCGAGCGAUCCUGAUGAUUCCACGAGACCCGAAUCGAUCGUUGCGAACGUCGACAAGAAGGAAGAACCGACUAUCGAUAGCGUGGUGCAGGAUGUCUAUCAGAUCUUGAAACCUAAACCGUCCAAGUUCGCAGACGCGGAUCAUUUCGAGGAAUCGAAAAGCGUGGCGGGAAUUGCCGUGGAGAAAAUGGAGAACGUGGAAGAGGAGGACGACGAGACAAGAUUCACGCGUUUAGGCGAGAAGGUGACGCAAGUGCCAAGGCCAAGCCUAAGCAGUUACCUAAGACGUUCAAAGGUGCCACCGAGUGCGACUCUUCAGCAACUCGCCAACCUGUACGACUCGUUGAGCAAGGAUGCCAGGAAGCAGGGAUUCGGGAAAUACACAGGUUUCUCUGACGAUGUUCUCAAUACUCUACAAAGUUCCGCGGAGGGUGGUAUCGGACCACAGCUGAAGAAGAUUCUGUCGAAGCUGCUGGAACGAAACGAGUUGACGAGAGAAGACGCAAGAAUGAGGACAUCGUUGGCUAUUCGAGAUCUCGACAACCCUUCGAGCAUGCUGAACAAAGACCUAAGACCCUUGUUACCCUUGCGUUAUUCCCCAUAAUGCUCGACAUUAACGUUACAUGACAUUAUGACAUGUGUCGAUAAACGAUUAAUCGACGGCGAAUUUUUACGCAAUUAUGGGAAACUUAAGGAUGUAAAGAUACACAAAAUGCAUGCAUAAUAUGUAAAAAUGCACGAAACUCGCGUAAGAUUUAUACGAAAUGGCGAAUUUAAUAUGAAAUAUCGAAAAUAGAAUAAAUGUUAGUGGUUACAAUUAGAAUGCGGAUUUUUAUGCGUUUGUGGGAUAUUUGAAAUGCAAAAAAUUGCACAGAAUGCAUACGUUAUGAGGAAACAUAUAAAAUGUCCAAUAUAAUAGGUUGCAUAAUUACUUAAUGGGAAAAAAGCGAUUUUCUACCGAGGUUCUACGUUUUUAAUUAUGCUUUGAAAAAUAUGAAUUUCCAAAGUUGUAGUCUAGUUAUAAUUAGAUCGCGGAUUUUCGUGCAUUUGUGAAUUAAAAUGGAAAUUAAAAAGGAAAUUCAAACCGGUAAAAACUGCGCGAGAUUAAACGUAGGAUGCAAAAUAUUAAAUACGAUUUAUGGGAAUUUCAAGGAUCCGAAAACGCACAGAAUGUACAUAAUAUGCAAAAAUAUAAAACAUAUACAAAAUAAAGUACUCGUUAUAAUAUA